UCUCUCCCUCAUUCCACUACCACGUCAAUCUUUAAUGCAUCUGCUAUCAGCGCCUCACAAUUUUGAUUUAUUCUGUUAAUGGCCGGAGCUUUCAGCGGCCAUCUCUUAGAUUCAUACACUACGGCAAUGCAACGACCAACACCAGGAUUCGGUCAGCCUCAGCCUCGGGUAGUCACCAGCGGAGCGAUGUCGUUCGAUGCUUCGAUGCAUGGCGGAUUUAGAUCAAACAAUUUCUUCUCAGAUAACUCAUUCUCUAUGGAUCUCUCCGAAGAUACCGCCAUCAAGAUCGCUACUCUCCAGGCUAAGCUAAACAAACAGCUUGGGCCGGAGUACAUCUCACAGAGACCUGGGCCUGGAGGCGGACCUAAGCUCACGUAUGCGGAAGGGUGGAAGAUCAUCAACCUUGCAAACGAGGUGUUUGGGUUUAAUGGAUGGAGUUCCCAAAUUGUCAACAUGACUACCGACUUCAUGGACUGCAAUGAGGAGUCUAAACGAUAUAACGUCGGUGUUUCUUGCAUUGUCCGUGUCACCCUUAGUUGCGGUGUGUAUCAUGAAGAUGUGGGAUAUGGGGCGGCUGAGAAUGCGAAGAGCAAGGCUCAGGCUAUCGACAAGAGUAAGAAGGAAGCUGUGACUGAUGGAGUGAAGCGAGCGCUCCGCAACUUCGGAACACUCCUUGGAAAUUGUUUAUACGACAAAUCAUAUACUCAAGAGAUCACAAAGAUUAAAGUUCAACCUGCAAAAUUUGACAAGUCCGAGUUAUAUCGCCGUCCAGAGUUCGAUGAUACAAAGCCUAACAUCACAGGCAGUACUUCCAAGGCUGCACCUGCUUCAGUACAGACAGCACCACAGACGCCCGCCAUUGCUCCAGAUAGGAAAGCGAACACAGUUUUUGUCAAGUCCGAGCCGGUUCAAGGAGGAGGGACCCCUAUCACGUGUAUCCCCCGACACUUGCGACAGGAGAUGACUACCGGCACUACCCCAAGCCGUAAUGAACAAGCACCGGGGAACGCUCACGGUACUACGAACGGCCUGAAAACUCCUAUCCAUACACCAGUCCAACGGGCAGGAAAUGCGAAUCACGGACAGUAUAGGCAAACCGCCCCGUCACCCCUCGCUCAGCCUGAACCACGGCAUGUGUCUUUUACAGAACCGGCUACAGAACCCCCACCAGCGGACGAGGUUGCGAUACCAGCAGACGACGAGACGUCAUACUCCCUUGACUCAGAAGACGACGAAUUCUGGGCCAACGUUGAUCUCGGGGAUGGUGACUUGGGGAGACCAAUCCACUUCGAAGAGGGCUUGGGCGGAGUGAGUGUCUCAGAGGUGACUUUCGACCAGGGAGAAGCUAGUACAUCAGGGAUUCAGCGAGAAUCCUCGAGGGCUCCCCAGGGAAACUCGGUGCAUGGCCGGGAAAGCUCGGUCUCUGGAAGAGGCGAAGUAACUGCUCCAGGGGGUUCUCGUGUUUCUCAGGCGAACGCAUCACGCCCCCAAGCUGGUCUAAUAACUUCAAAUCGAGCACUUCAUGGACUCGAUGCAGCAAGUGCACCUGCAGCGCACUACUCCAUCUAUGGGAGGAAUCCGGCUGCUCAACCAAAACCAAUGGGGCCUCCUCAACCCCCAAACUGGACAACGAGCUCUGCUUCCAGCUCGUCCAACAAUUCGGGUCUGAAACGUAAAGCCGACGCCAUGCAAGCCUCUUCAUCAUCCAGGCCCGUGCAAGGCCUUGGCCUCGCUCAGCAACAACGGUCAGUCUCUGAAAACCUUUAACGGAACCCGAACGCCCCUGGCCAACCAUGAUAUUGGCGCCAGGCAGUGAUAUAAAACGAACAAAACGCUAGUUUUUGCGACUCCGAGUCCUAGGAGUUUUUCCCCCCAUGUCCCCCUUGUUUCAAGCAUGCUUUUACAGUUCCUAUUUUAUGUCGUCCAGCAAUUGUACAGCUACUCUGCACUUUCUUUCCUGAUUCUUUGCAUCGUUUCAUCAGUCACAAUCACAUAUGCAUCCUAAUACAUUGUUUUCUAUGGCACAGAGGAUCUCUUCAAGUUGUCUCUGAAUCACAAACGUCACAAAAUUGAAGUUCGCUGCCCAGCUGGUGAAUCGAUUGAGAGUUCGAUGCUGGAUUUACCGGAUUCUUUAACUUUAAGGCGGGUGCUGAUUCCCUGGUGGACAUCGACGGGAACCCUCACUCUCCCGG